CUGUGUUUUAAAGUAUUGCGUUUAUCCGGCUCUGACCUUUUUUUUUUUAUUCAAACCGAUAUGUUCUCUUAACGUUAGGAAGUAUAUAGAAAGUUUAAAACGAUGCUUUUGGACAUACAGUCGAACAACUGACCUUCCUCAACGUUUAUGAAUUGUCAUUUAUAACAACCGGGAGAUAUAUUCUUACUCGAGAGUAACUCUUGGAAGAGGAAAGAUUUUAAUUAAAGGUUCAUAUAACCUCUUCUCGGAAAGACUUAAACAGCAACUUCUUGGAUGUGAUGGUAGACGUUCUAUAAGUUAUAUCAAUAAGUGUGAUAUAAAAUGAAGUGGUCAACGGGUGCUCUGUUUUGUGAACAAGUUGGUGAUCUUACUCGGGUAUUCUCUCAGUGGAAUGAGUGCGAACAAACUGUGGUACUUUAUGCUCUACUACGUCGUAUACCAGCUGCUCAAGCUAGAUUUCUAGCACACGCCAUACAACAUUCUCUUCAUGCUGUUUCUGAUUUAGAUACUCUAGAAUUGAAUGCUAAUAAUCCAGCUUUCAUUGGUUCGUUACUCUCUGAAUCUACCGAUGUUGCCAUCAAUCAACUUUUAACACAUCUCCCGCUUUUAAGGCCUGGGAAUAUAGAGUGCAAACAAUGUUAUCUUGUUGCAAUACCUGAAUUAGUUAGUCAUUGCGUGAGCACAGGUCAAUUCACUGAGCAAACUCAACAGUUGCUAAGUUACACAUUAAUUCAUCCUGCUAUAACUAGUCAAGAUAGACGUUCACUAACACAAUGGCUAAAACAUCUCGAAGAGCGUAUCAGUGGUACUACAAUUCCUAAUCUUGAAGAAUAUACAAGCACCACGACAAGGUGGGAUAAUGUGUGGAAUAGGAAUUCUAAACAGCAAAAUGAACAAACACAUUUGUUUGGCACACAGCCAAGUACCACAUUUAAUCUACAAUUUCCUCCUCCUGUAACUCGUCAACGUCGUUCAAAUAGUUUGACUCCACCAGAUGCAUCAGCACAUCAUCUUGAAGUCGUCGAUCGUACCAAUAACGCUAAUAACUCCACAAGACACAAACCACGCAGUUUUAGUAUUUCCAUAGAUCAUACCAAUAGUCUAAUAGGUUUAAGUCCUCUCAGUCCGCAGAGUUCUUGUGCAAGCAGUGGUAGCGAGGGUCGUUUAGAUGAAGCUUCUAAUCGUACAUUGGCAAGUGGAAUGAAAGAUGUACCAUCAUGGCUUAAAACGUUACGUCUCCACAAAUACAGUUACUUGUUCGCUACACUAAGCUAUGAAGAAAUGUUACAACUAACUGAAGAUCAAUUAGCUGAACAAGGUGUAACGAAAGGAGCAAGACAUAAGUUAGCUUUAUCCAUUGCUAAAUUGCAACAACGUUAUACGACUUUAGUUAACUUAGAAAAGGAUCUUUUGCAACCAACUCGAGAUGGUACGCAAGGUACUUCAUUUUCUCAAGGGCCAAUACUGCUUGUCAAUACUCUUGACGAAUUGAAAACCAUAUUAGCGACACCAUUAAAACCAAGUCAGGAAAGUGAUCCUCAGGAUAUACCUACACAAUUUACUAAAGUACUUGGAAAACUAUGUAGCAGACUGGCGCUAGACAGCGUUGACGAUGGUAUUCUAUGUGCAUGCAUUAAUGUGUUAGAAAAGGUAUUGCAACAUGACUGCUUUACUCCAAAUCAAAAGGAAAAAGUACAACAAUGGCGUAGUAGACUUGGUAAUCCACGACCAGUACCAAAAUGGCAAUAUAGUAAUUACGGAUAUAAUAAUCGAAGAUUUUGCAAUCUUCAACAACACAAUAGAAAACCGAGUUUAAAUUUAAAUCAUAUUCAUAAUACUCACUCACAUAAUUCUUUUGCCAUUAGUCCACAUAGAAAUAGUAUAUCGACACCUUACAACAUACAAAAUAAUCAGAUUCAAACUAUGAAUCAGAAUAACUUACGUCCAGUACAUACGGCUGAGAAAAGACCUAGUUUACAAGAAAGCAGUUUAGAGCAACUACAAAGAACGUUGCAACGAACAUAUAGUGCACCAAGAGAUCAUUUUCUUGGUCAAAGAGGAAACGGAGGUGGUGGAGGUGAAAAUAAUGGUAGAAAUAAUGGAGCAGAAACAACCGAGCCAGAAAUAAAUUUAAGCCUUGAAACUCUCUGCUUGAGAAUGACCGAACAAGCUCUUGGUGGUUUUGGUGAAGCUUAAAAAGAAAAAACCAUUUCUCCUUCGUGACUGUUUUAUUGGACGUAUAGUAAGUUUUAUCUUUAAAAAAAAAAAAAAAAAAAAAAACAAA